AUGAAUUCCAGAAUAUACAGUGUCCUGAUUUCAUUCUGGUUACGUUUACUCUUUCAUUGGACAGGUGGUGCUACAGAAGAAAGUCAGUUCUUUAUUUAUUUUCUGUUUCCCACGUAAUUAUAGAAGUAAAAUUCCACUUUGUUUACAAAUACGAAAUGUUUAGGAUUCUUUGCAUCUAAAGGAUUCCUGGCUCAUAGGACAAUUCAGACGUUUCAAAGAUAUUGCACCUGUAACACGUCUUAUUCUUGCUCCUGCUGUCAAAGUGUCAUCAUUUUAUACACCAAAGCAGAAAAAAAUCUCUGCACUAAUUUUACUUAUCAAAGAAAUGGAUUAAACAUCGAUAUGACGUUGAACUCCGAUAUAUUAAGAGCACGUACAAUCACAGACUACAAGCCAUUCAAGUUUUGCAGUAAUAUACCAAGAUGUUAUUUUUCAACUGCAUGCGUAAAUCUACUGGAACUCAAUAAAUUUUCCAGAUCGAUCACUGCUUGUCUUCGGUUGGAUAUCUUCUCUAAAAAAAGACUGUGGCAAUUGAAUUACGACUGUGUCAGCAUAUCAACGGAGUUACCUACAAUACCAAGUAACGGAACAAUGUCAACAAUGAAUGGAACUAAAGAAAUGGGAAUGACAUCAGCUAUGACCGUUCAAAUGACGAUGACUACAGUGAUGACAACUGCGGUGGAAACUGAAGAGACUACAUCGACAGAUGUAGAAGUGAUAACAGGAAGUCAACCAACAACAGUGUAUACUUUCAAAACAAAAAAGUACACAUACCCGAGAAACUUCUCAUGACACUUUUCAUUGCGUUAGCCAUCAUGGAGAAAAUUCCACCGGAGCUAUUAUUAUCGGUACUGUUACUUGAAGUAUUUGAAUCUCUAUUAACAGACCUGUUCAAUUCAUGUGGCGAUGAUUUCUUUAAACCAGAAUUUAUUAGAUCGGAUGUUGUCUUCUUAGGAUUAUUCUCCACGACUACCAUCAACACUACUCGCGAAGAAUCAUCCGAUUGUUGUUCGUUGUCGUUCAGACUGCCGCUGUUCGGCUUAUAA